GAGUCCAUCUGUAGGCUGAAGAGAUGCACUUCAAGAGAUGUUUAUGGUCCUCUACUGAUUGAGUAAUCGACCCACUAUAUGGAAACCGUUAUAUAGUAGUAUAACCGUGGCCUAAGAAGAGUUUUAGUUUCUGACAGAACCUACAGGUGAAUGAACCUCUACAAAGCUAGCUGUCAGAAUAUUCGGUGCUCAAUGUGGUGAAUAAUACUCAAGGAUUAUCAAUGUCUUUACUGUUGGAUCUUAUACAGCAACUACUGGAAUACCUAAAUAUUCCAGUUGAUAGGCUUGUGCCGAUAUGGGAAAACUAUGCAAACAGGCAAUAUUUUCUCCAUGUUUUAAGGAACCAUCUCCCUUUAGUUUUACCAGGAAUUAAUUUGCAGGUUUUAGAAAGAUUGGAGAAUAAAGAAUAUGGCUGGACUCGCAGUGUGGUUCGGGUGAUUGGGACUUUGCUGCCAUUGGCUCCGACCCCAAGGCCCUUCUUCCAGCAUGUGACAGGACCUUAUGCAGUAGAAGGAAAGAGCAAUGGAGCAGUCAGCCGGCCUGGGAUUCCCUCCUUGGUCGAUGUCUAUUGUUUGACAGAUGAUGAUGUUUACUCUUACACCAGAUUCAGGCAUCAUCUACCAGGAAAUAGAUGUGAAGAAAUGAAGUCGUUGGCACCAUCUUACAAGAGAAAGCUGAGUUGGGAGCCCACGAUAAUAAACAGAGCACCAGAUACAAGUCUCCCUCCUUCGAGUGAAAAUGCUAUUCAGAAAAUUGCAGCCCUAGAAGGGGAACUGUUGCAGCUGAGGGCACAGAUUGCUGCAAUUGUUGCUAUACAAGACACCAAAUCCAUGCAAUCCUGUUCUGAAACACUUUCUUCAUUUGGCAGUCCCACUCAUGAUCUUCUCCAGCCAUCUUUAACUUCUACUCCACUUUCGGGGCAAAUAUUGCAGCCUGUAACCCCGGCACCCCCACCGCCGCCACCACCCCCUCCACCUCCUGCUCCUCCUUCAAAAGUAAAUACUGGGGAAUCUGCUAUAGAACUUAUAAGAAAACGAAAGGCGGUUCACAAAAAAAGCCCAAAAGAGAGGGCGAUGGUAGACAAUACAAAUAACCUGCCCAGCAUGAUGGAUGUACUGAAGGGUAUGAAAUCUAUCCAGCUGCGUGCAGUAGAGAGAUCCCCAGGGGGAACGCCCCUAACAAGAAAAGACAAAAAGAGGCGAUCCCUAGAUGAUCCAGCAGCUAUUAUUGCCAAUGCCUUAAAGCAGAAAUUUGCGCACAGACUCAAAAAUGACUCCUUUGAUAAGGAGAACAUUUCACAUGAAGAAUCUCCCUUCUCCAGUCCUGAAAUUCCACAGUUUGGACGGCACCUUUUAAAGCCAGUUGGAAAGCAAACAGGGGCAGUACAAGAGGGAAAACAAGUUUUAGUGAAACCUGGACCCCAUGUAUAAUGAAAAUGCUCCGAAUUUGGGCUACAUUGAAAGACUUUCAUUGUGAAAGCGAGGCUUUGAAUGUUUUUGAAAAUGUUCUGCAAUGUACAGUGACGAGUGAUAUACAAGGUGUAAGAACUGCUGUGGGUAAUUUAUGAUUGUUUUAUUGAACAAAAAAUGACAAGUUUAUUUUAAAGAAAUCUGCAUCAUUUUGUUCUUUCAUGUCAUUUUGAUGACACCAGCAGGUAUUUUAUAGAUUGCAAAUUGACAAGAGUAGGCAGAGAGGCUAAUAUGACAUGAGUUUUUAACUUAAAUGAAUUUCUUAAAUAGAAUGACAGAGUAUGGGGGUACAGCUUGUCUGCAUAUUUGGCAUUAUGCUUAUAGAUUAGAACUGGCGUAUUGCUUGCUUCAGUACCUAUAAUAAUCAAAACAAGGUGCUAGGUUUUAAAGCACCCACCCACUUUAUGACAAUAUAAAAGUAAGAUAUACCCUGCCGUAUAGAGUAUAUUUUUGUCUGACUAUAAUGAUAAACAAGCAGAAGACAUGUAGAAAUGCACUGCUGCUUUUUUGUCUGACAACUUCCAGUUGAAGGGAUGAUGUGUGUGACCUAUGCUGAAUGAAAGGGUCUCUCCCAUUGUUUUAGUUAUUUAUUGAUGUAGAGUUUGAUUUAUUUUCUGUGUUUUAUUCCAUAGUCUCCUUGUUCAUGCAAAUGUUCUUUUUUUUAUUAGCAGUAUGUGUCCGUAAUGUUUUACCUCAACUGUAAAUGGCAAGUCAGAGGGCUCUGUUUGCCUACCUCUGAUAAAUGUGGGUUAAGUGAGUUAUGUCAGCCAUGGCGAUGAUUUUGCGGACCUAUGUCAUUUCUGCCAGCAUACUUUGAGUAGGGGCAAGCUACGCUUGGUAUGUUGGGGGUACGGGGUCAUUGAAUCUCUUGAGUGUGAUUAGCUGCAUAUUAAUUGCUCUACAACAGAAAUAUCAAGUGAAAAUAGACAGUACUCCAAAAUAAAACUGUCCAUCUUCCUGACAUUUGGUAAAUGCACCUCUCUGUUGGGGUUUAGGUACAAUUGUGUGCUUGACUCCUGAUGAUUUUGUGACCUCUACCCAAAUUAUGGAGGAUUUGUGCUUGCAUAAUUUUACAUCGUAGGACAGCAAUCGCGUAUUAAAGGUUCAUCCUCAUGAACAAAAAAUUAAAUCUGUGCAUAAAUUGAAUUGGCCAAUGUUUUUAAUGAUAAACUGUAUUCUGAAUGUAUGGAAUAUAUACGUUUAGUUUUAAAAACUUGUUUACUGACGAUUAAUUGUCAUUUACUGGUCUUAAAAAAAGAAAAAAAUAUAGUGCUAAAGUGGGGUUGUCUAACUGGAAGCCCGGGGACAGACUUAUGGCCCCAGACUGCUUAGGGGCAAGUCCAAUAACCUCUAUAGAUGACACUGUAAUUUUCUUUGGAUAUGGCCCCAAAACAUGUAGUACCUGUAUAUUAAUUGUCCCUUUUGUAUGGAAACGGUUGGAUAGAACAACUGCAAUGUAAUAUCUGCCCUUGUGUUUUAGUACAUGUGUCUGCUGUUUUCAUUUCCAAUGCAAGGCAACCCAGUGUGCUGAAAAUUCUCAUCCUUUGUGGCCUGGUUUACCUUGAUCUGAUGUAGGAGCUCACCAAAAAAAUUCCUGCGCUUAAGCGUACUGGGUGCUAUGCAAUGAAUGCACAGGGGCACUGUCUCAAGAAUGAGACAAUUGCACAGCUUGGAGAUGUAGCAACCUACUAUGUCCCUAUGUGAUGAAUAAAACACUGUUUACAGCACACUGAAUGUAGUCUUAUUCUAUAGAAUCCAAUAUAAAUGGGGUCAUUACAGUAUAUAUAGAUGUAUAUCUAAAAUGUUACACAGACAUUCAU